AAGUUUCACUUUUCGCGAACCGCGUCUUUGCUUAGACAUUGUUUCACUUUGGCACUUCGCUUAAUGAUAAUAUGCCAAUCGUAAUUCUCAACAACGACACUGAACGUUGUUUGAUAAAGUUUUUAUUUUGAUAAUUUAAUUUCAAUAACUAUUUUAUCUCAAAAUAACAGUUACUAUAUUUGAUCUGAAAAGCUGAUCAACUAACUAUUGCGUGGAGAUAGUGUAAAGUGCUAAUUUCGGAUAACCUGUUUAAAUUUCUUGGAACUGUGCAUGCUGUUUAUUGAGACAAGACCUUGAUAACUGGACAAGUGAAGACAGUUAUUGUAGGAUCAUGUUCGAGGUACGUCUCUAGUAUACGAAUUGUGAAUCGUUUGUUCAGUCGGUUGCAAUUUAGUGAGGUUGAGUGAGUUUACAGUUUAUCAAACUAAUAGUGCUAAUUGCGAUACGAGCAGUGACGACGAUGUAUAAAUAAAUGUGCUACUGAAGGACCGUUUUGCGGUGUCCUCAGCCGAGACUCGAUAGAUAAUCGAGCGAUGGACAACGGAGACGCCGCUUUGCCUGUAGGACCUGCCGGUGAACAGCCCACAAACCUGAACAUUAGUGAUGUCAUUGAGGCGAUCACACGAGCGGACCCCGUGUACGGCGCGGACGUAGAGGCCAUGUCGCGGCCGUGCGUGCCGCGCGUGCGCAUCGUGGAGCAGCCCGCGAGCAAAGCGCUCAGGUUCCGGUAUGAAUGCGAGGGUCGGUCUGCGGGCUCCAUUCCCGGCGUGAACAGCACGCCCGAGCGGAAGACCUAUCCCACCAUCGAGAUCAGCGGCCACCGUGGACCCGCCGUCAUCGUCGUGUCCUGCGUCACCAGGGAGGAACCCUUCAAGCCACACCCUCACAACCUGGUGGGACGCGACCGCUGCGACAAGGGCGUGUGCACGGUGAAGACGACAUUGAUGGACGACAACAAGGUGUCGUUCAGUAACCUGGGCAUCCAGUGCGUCAAACGGAAGGACAUCGCCGAAGCGCUCAAGACCCGGGAGCAGCUCAAGGUCGACCCCUUCAAAACCGGGUACAGCCAUCGCAACCAGCCGCAGAGCAUAGACCUGAACGCCGUGCGGCUAUGUUUCCAAGUGUUCCUGCCCGACGAGCGCACCGGCAAGAUCCGGCAGGCGCUGCCGCCCGUGGUCUCCGACAUCAUCUACGAUAAGAAGGCCAUGAGCGACCUGCUCAUAAUGCGGAUCAGCCAGUGCAGCGCCUCGCCCCGCGGUGGCACUGAGAUUCUGUUGCUCUGCGAGAAGGUUGUCCGCGAGGACGUGGCGGUGGUGUUCUUCGAGAAGGACGGCGAGCGGGUGGUGUGGGAGGAGAACGGCAACAUAACCCUGGUGCACAAGCAGGUCGCCAUCGCCUUCUACACGCCGCCCUACCGCGACCCGCACUCGCAGCACCACGUGCAGGUGUACGUUCAACUUAAAAGAACGUCAGACAACGCGCGGAGCAACGCGAUACCGUUCGAAUUUGUUCCGGAUUAUCAAGAUUCGGGUUAUUUAAAGCACAAGAGACAGAAAAAGUUCUCGACUCUUAUUCACCAAUACGAGCAAGACAGAGGCUACGCGGAUCAACAAAUCAAAGCAGAACCGCGAGGUGAGUGCACUCCGCAUUUGUUUGCAGAUAAAACGCCGCCACACCAAAUGAGUAGCCCCCUGCGCGUGUUCUCCCCGGCCUACAGUGAACAAGACCUCAUACACGACAACAACUAUCAGCAAUGGAAUAUACCGAACGUCCAAGUAGGCGGUCCGGGCGGCCCCCUCGUGCAACAAAACUACGCUCAGGAGCUGCAGUGGGGCUCCGGCUAUGUGCUGUCCCCCGGUGUGCAUCCAGGGCAGUCCAUCUCCCCGUCCGAGGCGUCCAUGUCUCCCAUGGGACAGGUGGUGUCGCCCAUGGGCAGGAUAUCGCCGAUGGCGCAGCAUUCCCCCCUGGGCGUGAUGUCGCCCAUCGACAGAAUCUCGCCACUCACGCCCAUGCACGGCGCCAUCUCCCCCAACCUGGCGCAGAUGAACACCAUGGGUCACAUUUCCCCGACUCACCACAACAUGCACAUGCAGCACCAGCCACAAGGACAGGAGAUGAUGGAGACAGUGAGCGACACGCCGUCCCUCACGGGUCUGUUGAUGGACCGCGGCGAGAUGCUGCAGAUGAACUCGGCCGAGCUCUCCGGACUGUCCUCGUUACUGGACCGCGCACCAGACCUCAGCGACAGUCUCAACCGGCUGUCCACCAGCGACCUGCUGCGGUAGUCACCACCACCAUCACUGAAGCAAUGACGCUGCCAAUGUUACUGUCUCAACCGACCAUAUUCUGUGAUCAAUGCCGUGAGCAUCAACAAAGUUAAGAUUUAUUUUUAAAUUUACUGUACGUAAAACGGGAUGAGUAGGGACGAUUAGGAAGUGAACAAGAUUAUAUAAGAUAUAAUAUAUCUAAUCAGAUGACCUGUACUGUUUUAAUUACCUAAUCAUUUGUUAUCAAUUACCUAACUUUGUUUACUAUUUAGAUCUUUGUGCAUAGAACAUCAUUCCAUAUUGUAUCCGGAGAAGAUCAUUGUUAGCUGUGCUGCAGUUUAUACUUUUGCAACUAUUAUAGCUUUGUCAAAUAGUUCCAAAUUAAGUAAAUAAAUAUUAUUAUUUUAUGAUACUAACAAGAUUAUAAAAAGUUUAAUAAUAAUAAAUUUAAAAAAAUAUUUUAAAAAUAUUUUUUUUCCGGUAUAAUAUUAAUUUUUUAAAUUCAUACAGGCAGUUGAUAUUAUAAGCAAUAAACACAAAAAUGUGAGUGAUCCCUACUCAUUCAUACAAAUUUUCUGGUAAAGUAAAAAGCAUGAGUGCUUAACAUCUUAGGUCUGUAUUCAGAAAGUGUCUUAGAUCAGGAAUCUCUAGCUAGUAUUUUACUCUGUACAGAAAAAAAAAAACAUUUAAAAAUAUACCAUUGCGAUAGCUUGGGCGAUAAGUAGUCUAAAGAUGUUAGUUUCAGUUCAUAAAAUCAUAAAUUUAUAAUUCAUCUCAAUGUUUUCAGUUUUAUUAUCUGUUUUUUAAUUGGAUGGGAUGUUCUUAGUAAGGUAAUUGUGAUUCUUACAGUACAGCAAUUACAAAAGAACACCUGCAAGAGACGUAGUAUAUAUGAAUAUUAACCAAUGAGAAUACGAAACGUGUUUUUGUAUCGACCAAUGGGAAUGCCAAAGACAUUAUUAAAAGUGCUAUUAUCAUUAUUCAAUACUCACACAUCUGUGUCUUAUCAGGGUUAACAAAUCUCAAUGGCCACACUAAUAUAAGGGCUCUCUCUAGUACCAAAUAACAGAUACGUAUAUCAAACCAAAUUCUCAGUUCACUGGGUUUUUAACAAAGCUGUCAAAUAUCUACUACAAUUCCUGAUAACUGAGAUAAUUCUUCUGGAAUACGGUUCAUAGAUUGUGAGACGCAAUUUUAUAGUUCCACGUGACGAGCACGUGUUAUGUAAAACAUAUUUAGCCUUGGAACUGCGUAAUAGAAAAGUUUCAAUUUUUUAUAUGUUAUCUAUUGAAUAAUAAUAAUAUUUUUAUUGUCAAUGCGCAAGAAGUGUUCCUUUUAACAUGAAACUGCAGCGUCAUCUGACAUGGCAUUAGUGAAGUUUGUGGUAGUGAUGGGACUUAACGUGAAAUUAGAAUAUCGACUUGUUCAAAUGUAUAUCGAUAAUUUUGACUAAUUGCUAAUUAAAAUUGUUUGUUAAAACGUGCGUCUGAUAAAAUUAUAAAUAAAAAAUCACAUAAUAAAUCUAAAUCUUUAGACAAAUUGAGAUUAUUGACAGUAUGAUUCCAUGUUUGUGUGAUAUUUUAAUAUAAAUAAGAAAUUAUUAUUUAAGUUGAAAUGCGUGUCAGUGAUCCUCAGAUAGGCUCGGUUUCAUUUGUAAAUACUACGAUUAUUACAAAAGUUUAGCAAAAUUUUAAAUGUCACUUGUAAAUAGAUUAUAAGUCAUAGUAUUUAAUUAUUUGAGCUGCACACCAUAUUUCGGACAUGGACUGUAUUUCCUGGUGUCAAUUAUGAUGCAUGAGGAUCGAGACGACGAAAAAAUUAAAUAUAAUUAAGACUGGUAAGUGGUACUGGUAGUAAUAGGACAAUGUCCAAUGUUAUAUCUGUCCCAUAGCCAAAGUACUAAGUUACUUUUCAUCAUUCAAAUAAAUAAAAUCGGAUUGGGCUAUAUUGGGUAUUGAGACUGACGUGAUAAUACGAAGAUAAUCCAAAUGGUCCAAAUAUGAAAUGAUUUUUAUAAUUUGGCAAUGGCACCGACUUGAAAAUAGGUUGUGUUUUUAUAAAUACUGCUUGGCACAAAACUGUUUAAAUAACAGUUAACGUAAAUGUAACCUUUUUAUCAAUACCAUUUCUGUUAAGUGAGAAAUGAUUAUUAGAUAAUAGUGUUAUUCAAAUAAACGUUGUACAUACUUUAGUCUGCAUUAGUUCAGAGAUAUUCAAAAUAUUAAAAUAGCCGAAAUACGAUACAAAUAUUUCUCGAUACAAAAUAACCCCAAAGUAGUUUCUCGCACGGCGUCUUUAGGUACUAUCUACUAAAUAUUUAAUAUUAUCAUUCAUUAUUUAUUAAUCAAUCAAAAAUGCAAUAUGGUGCUUACGUAAAUUACUCUUGGAUGAUUCUGCACUUACAUCUAUCAUAUAUCAUAUGUCUGUUAAUGAUAACCAUGUGGAUCAAUCGCCUUGUAUGUGAUAAUAACUACAUAAUAUGUCGUUAUUAACUUGAAACAAGAAUCACAAUAUGAAAGGAUUGCCAAAUGUAUCGGUAUAAUAUACAUUUUUAUGAUGUUCUUAUAAAUCAAUUAAAAAACCAAAUCUUCCGAAUUAUUUCUCAUUUUAGGCUGUUGAACUGGUUAAAGUAUACGAAAUAACUGUUGUAUAUUAACAGUCCAAAUAUAAAAUGUGUUUUAUAUAUCAGAUAAGGAUUGAUUAUGAACCUUAACACUGUUACCAUUUAUUUUGUAUUUUAUUGAAUUUAUUGAUAUUGUGAUGUUUUGAAAUUCUUUGAGAUUUUUAUAAUAGAUACUAAGAAACUAAUGAAUUUAGUUUAAGACCGUAAAGUGUUAUGAAUAUUGCGUAUUUUAAUAAAGAGAUCUCUCCAUUUUAUAUUUUUAUUACAAUUAUUGAUGUGAGUUUAAAUAUUUUUAAUAUCAAAUCACCUCGUUGUAAAUAUAAAUAAUAUUAAAGUAUCAUGUAUAAAUAUUAUUACUAGAAAUAUGUUGUCUUCAUAUCGCAAAACUAUUUUAAGAUUUGCAAUAAUUUUAAGCUAUCGCAUGAAAUGUGAAUUGUUAUUUUUUAUUUUAUAAAAUUUAAAUAAAUAUGCUGAAAACUGA